CCAUGCACGGCAAAUUGGACUGGUGUUAUCUGCCACAUUUUAACACCUACUGAUGGUUAUCUGCAUAUUACAGAAUUGUUAUUGUUAGAUAAGAAUCUUUCAGGAACUUUAUCUCCAGAGCUCGGCCGUUUCCCAUAUAUGAAGAUACUGUGAGCUAUGCGGCACGGAUACGGAUACGCGUAUCAGUAUCCGAAGGAUACGGAUACGCGGAUACGGCUCUUUCCCAAACAACCCGAUACGCGGAUACGUUUUAACUAUUUUUUUAAUAAAUAAUAAUAGUGCAUAAUAAAUUACAAAAUAGAUAUUCUAAUGUUAUUAUACAAAUAAAAAUAAUAAAAUUACAAAAUAUUAAAAGCUAAAGUCAAUUUCUUUUAUGGUCGAUUACACCACAUCGAUUUUUUGGUUAUACUUAUCCAUAUUACCAAUAAUAUUGAUCAAAAUAUUUAUUUAUAGUUACAAAAUUAGACAAAGUUAAUGGAGUAAUAAAUUGGCCCAAAAAAUGAGCCCCAAAUAUACUCCUUUUCCAUCGUGACUACUUCUUGCCCAAUUCAUUCUCCCAUUUCCAAUUUUCUUCAAUCCCUAGUUGAGGCAAUAGCGGCGCCUCCCCUUUCUUCUUCUUCUUCUUCUUCAUAUCCGAUUAACUGUCAAUUUUGUUCCCAAAUCGGAUUGAAGUUCGUAAAUUGAAAGUUGCGAAGUUCUUCGACAGAGAUGGACGUUGAUUUCGAAGAGGAGAACCUCAGAUCUUUGCAGAUAGAGGAGGAUGAAGGCCCAAUACGGCCCAGCUCGCGGAUACGCCGAAGGAUACGUAUCGAAUCUGAGGUUUCCCGGCCCAAUACGGCCCAGCUCGCGGAUACGCCCAGGAUACGUAUCGACGGUGUAUCCGUUGCGUAUCGGUAUCGGAUACGUAUCCGAUACGUGAUACGGCAACAGGGUGGCGUAUCGGUGUUAUAUAGACUGGAUUUUAUGUGGAACAAUAUUAGUGGGAUAAUACCAAAGGAGAUAGGCAACAUCACAUCUUUGGAAUUGCUGCUUCUCAGUGGAAAUCAGUUAAUUGGUUCCUUGCCUGAAGAGCUCGGUAAACUAUCCAACUUGAACAGGAUACAAGUUGACGAAAAUCAAAUAUCGGGACCUAUACCACUGUCAUUCUCCUACUUGAGCAAAGCAAAACACAUCCACAUGAAUAAUAACUCACUCAGUGGACCAAUACCACCGGAGCUAUCCCGACUUUCAGUUCUUGUUCAUUUGUUGCUUGACAAUAACAACUUAUCAGGACGUCUGCCCCCAGAAUUGUCAGAACUGACACAUCUGCUAAUACUUCAACUUGACAAUAACAACUUUAGUGGAAGCACAAUACCUUCUUCGUAUGGCAACAUGACACUCCUGUUGAAGUUGAGUUUAAGCAACUGCAGUUUAUAUGGGGAUAUUCCUAAUUGGAGCAAUAUGCUGAAUGUUGCUUACAUAGAUUUGAGCCUGAACCAACUUAAUGGAUCCAUACCAACAGGUGCACUUUCUCGGAAUAUUACAGUCAUUGAUCUCUCCAACAACACUCUCAAUGGAAUUGUUCCUGGAAGCUUUUCCGAGCUUCCUCUUUUACAGAAAUUGUCCCUUGCAAAUAAUUUAUUAAGUGGUUCUGUUCCUUCCAGUAUUUGGCAAAACAGGAUUCUAAAUGCAUCAGAGAGACUCAUACUAGAUUUUACAAACAAUAGGCUUUCAAAUAUUUCAGGGAGUCUUCUCACCGCUCCCAACAUCACCAUCGGGCUCCAGGGAAAUCCACUAUGCUCCAAUAGGACCCUCAUUCAAUUCUGUGGGCCUAAUGAAGAACAUCCAAGCAAUUUAAUAAAUAUCACAAGGGUCAAUGGUUGUUCUCCUCAGUUAUGCAAACCUCCAUAUGAGUAUGCCCCGGCAUCUCCUGGAAUGCCUUGUUUUUGUGCUGCACCGCUUCAUGUUGGAUAUCGCUUGAAGAGCCCAGGGUUUUAUGAUUUUGUUCCCUACCUCAGUGAUUUUGAGGAAGAAUUAAGUAGUGGGCUUGGUUUGAAUAUCCAUCAGCUUGCCAUCAAUUCUGCUAUAUGGCAGAAGGGGCCUCGUCUGAGAAUGUAUCUUAAAAUUUUUCCGCCACACAGAAAUAAUAGCAUGCAAUUAGUUAACGACAGUGAGGUACUCCGGAUUCGUGACUUGUUUAGUGGAUGGAGGAUCAAAGAUAACCAUGUGUUUGGGCCCUUUGAGUUUCUCAACUUUACACUUUCAGAUGCUUACGCAGAUUUUCUCCCUCCUUCAUCAUCUGGCAUAAGCAAGGGAGCACUAGCAGGUAUUAUACUGGGAACUAUAGCUGGAUCAGUCGUUCUAUCUGCAUUUGUCUCGCUUCUUAUCUUGAGAAGACGCAUCCAUAAACAUCAUCAACUAUCAUCGAAACGCCUAUUAUCAAGGAGCUCUAUCAAAAUCGAUGGCGUGAAGGAUUUCACUUACAGUGAAAUGGCACAGGCCACGAAUAAUUUUGAUAGCUCUAGUGUGGUUGGGCAAGGAGGUUACGGAAAGGUUUAUAGAGGUGUUCUUGCUGAUGGUAAAGUUGUUGCUGUAAAGCGUGCUCAAGAGGGAUCACUUCAGGGUGAAAAAGAGUUUCUUACAGAAAUAGAACUACUCUCAAGAUUACAUCAUAGAAACUUGGUGUCCCUGUCUGGAUAUUGUGACGACCAAGGUGAACAGAUGCUGGCUUAUGAAUUCGUGCCUAAUGGCACAUUGAGGGAUAAUCUAUCUGGGAAGUUUAAAGUGCCACUGAAUUUUGCUAUGAGAGUAAGAACAGCAUUAGAUGCGGCCAGAGGCAUCCUUUACCUUCACACAGAAGCUAAUCCUCCAAUAUUUCAUCGGGAUAUCAAGUCGAGCAACAUAUUGAUGGACUCGAAGUAUAGUGCCAAGGUUGCUGAUUUCGGACUGUCAAAGCUGGCCCCAGUGUCUGAAUUCGAUGGCAAUGCCCCUAGUCAUAUAUCUACAGUUGUGAAGGGAACCCCGGGAUACCUUGAUCCGGAGUAUUUCCUAACUCACAAGCUAACAGACAAAAGCGACGUUUAUAGCCUUGGGGUAGUAUUUUUGGAGUUGCUAACUGGAAUGCACCCUAUUUACCAUGGGAAAAACAUCGUGAGGGAGGUCAACAUUGCAUAUAACUCUGGCAUUGUAUUCUCGGUGAUCGAUGAACGGAUGGGAUCUUAUCCUUCGGAAUGUGUCCAAAAGUUCGUAAAUCUGGCGCUCAAGUGCUGCAAAGACGAUCCAGACGAGCGGCCUUCAAUGGCUCAAGUGGUGAGGGAACUGGAUAACAUAUGGAUGAUGAUGCCAGAUAAAGAUAGCGAGAUAAGUGAGUACCCAGCAAAGGAGGUGAUGGGUAGUCCAGUAUCUUCAUCCAGGGUGAGUUACCCGGGAAAGGAGGCGAUGAGUAGUCUAACCUCUUCAUCUAUUGUGACAGCGUCGUAUGGUUCAGUAAAUGUGAGCGGCAGCGACCUGAUCAGUGGUGCCAUUCCUGGAGUUGCACCGAGGUGACACCUUUUUUAUAUUCCGUGUGUGUUUUUAUUGAUAAAUGAACUGAAAUUUGCAAAGGCCGCGCUAUGAUGGGCUCGUGUUAGUUUGUGGUAUAGGGGGAGAUUAGUAGAUGGAUGCACAUAGUUAGUUACCUCCCCUUUCAAUAAUACCAGACCUCAGAUAAUAAUCAGUAUAGCUAUAGGAGUACACUCGCAUAGGUAUUAAACUCUUUUAUUUUGCAGUUACUCCCCAUGUAUAUACAACGGAAAUAUGGGGGGUUUUUUGGUUUAUAAAUUAUCAAUUUGAGGCUGCUUAUUUGCUCAAA